AUGGUCACUUUAGUACUGAUUAUACUUUAUUGUCUUGCUUUUAUCGAUGGAAAGCAUUUUAACGGCGGCACCAUUCGAUGGAAACCGUUAAGUCCUUAUGCAAAUUCCUCUACAGUUCCAAUUAGUAUCACACAAAUGUACUCAUGGGCGUAUCCGACUAUAAGCUGUGCAACAAAUGUACCGAUUUCAACUGCUGGACGAAGCAGUGCAAAUGCUAAUUUGACAUGUACUGUUGAUUGUUCAACUGAUGGUGGCUAUUCAACUAAACCAAUUAAUAUUUUAACUGACUGUACUUCAAGUAGUUCAGCAUUAGGUAUGAUGACAAGUGAACGAUCAGUCAGUAUUACAUUGUCGGCUGGUGCACAUUUUUACUUAUCAUAUAUGGGAAGUGCUUGGAUAGCACUGAAUUAUCCACCUCAAAGUGGUUUUCAAUGGUCAAUAACAGCUUUCAUUGAUCUUCGACUUCGAGCGGAUGGUUUCAUAAACACUCCACCAGUAGCAAGCGUUGUUUCUCCACAAUAUGCCAUUGUGAAUACAUCAACUCAGAUUAAAAUUUCUGUAUCAGAUGACAAUGCAGGUGAUGAUGUUCGUUGUCGAUGUGGUUCAAAAUGUUCUACAACGUCGACUUGUCCACCUUUAGCAACUACAAUUGGAACAACUACUACCGAAACUCCUGGAACAUUAGCAUCAACGAUAUCGUAUUCAGCACGGCAAGCCAUUGAUGAAUGUGGUAGUAUUUGUUAUCCAGGAGGUUUACCAAGCGGUACCACCUUAUCCAAUUGUGUUCUAUCGUUCAAAGGAUUAGUGGCUAAUACUUGGUAUGCAAUUGCUAUUCAAGUAGAAGAUUUUAUCACUUCAUCAAGUACUACUCCAAUGAGUUCAGUACCAGUUCAAUUUUUAAUUUAUGUCAUGCCAGAACCAUACUGUCCAGAACCACCACAGAUUAUUCCUGUUACAGAUUGUAUGGAAGUUCUUACUGGUGUUCAAAAGACUUUUAAUAUUUAUGUAAUGACAAUGUGUGAUCCAGACGAUGUUGAUAUUGCAGACAUUGUUGUUUCAUCUGGAAUAUCUGGUAUGACAGUUGGAAGUCUAACGAAAUCAUCUACAAAUUCAUCGUUAUCCUAUAAAACUUUUACUUGGACACCACAAACUAGUCAAAUUGGAUUAGAAGAAUUGUGCAUAGUUGCUUUUACAGAAGAACAAGUACAAUCAGCAGAAUAUUGCAUCACAUUCGAUGUAGUAACAUCAUGGGUACUUUGCAUACCAACAACAACAACAACAACAAGUACAACGACAACAACAACUACGACAACAACAACAAAAACAACUACGACAACAACAACAACAACAACUACGACAACAACAUCAAGUACAUCAACAACAUCAACCACAACUACAUCAACAACAACAACAACUACGACAUCAACAACAACAACUACAGAUACAACCACGACUUCAACAACUUCAACUACAACAACGACUACAUCAACAACAUCAACCACAACUACAUCCACAACUUCAACUACGUCUACAACAACAACUACAACAACAACUACAACCACGACAACUUCUACAUCAACGUCUACAACUAGCACUACAUCGACUACGACAACAACAACAACAUCGACUACAACUUCUACUACAUCAACCUCAACAUCAACUACUUCGACUACAACAACAAGUACAACUUCAACCAGUACAACAUCAACAACAGCUACAACUACAACGACGACUACAAUGACAACGACCAAAAGUCCAGUUGUGCCACAAAAACGAAAAUAUCCGUUAGAAUAUUAUUUCACAUUGAAUAUACAUCGUAUUUUUCAUAGGUCUCCUGCUCAACGACGUCGCCGACGAGACAAAAUUGGUAAUAUUACAGAACAACGCAAAUAUCUACUAUCUAACAAACGCGACAUCACACCAACAUCACCACACUUUAAUCGAAGCUUGGAAAUAAGUAAUCUGAAUAAAGACUAUCGUGCUUACGAUGUACUCAACAAUAGUGACGCUACGAAAACACCCAUGUCAAUAAAAAAAGUAAAUGAAAACAUACCGAUAGCAGCAACUCCUACUUCGAAGAGUGCAAAGCAUGUUAAGGUUAUACGAAUAACUAAAACUGGAAGCGCACUUGAGGUUAAAAAUCCACCAAGCGAACAAACAACAGAGGUUGUCGAUGAUAUUACACCAGCUCCUCAAACUGCUACAGUGAAAGUUCAAAACGUAAGAAAAGUAUCAAGCAAAAAUGAAGAUAUCAAUUCAGAAGCUAUUCCUCAACAAGAGAUACCAGUUUCAUCAAAAUCAUCAACUAAAAGUAAUAAAAUUACGGUUACGAAAAUACCUCGUAAUAAUACUGCCGGAAGUCAAUCAACUCCAAUAAUUAAUGUUAAAUUGCAGGAUCGUAAGAAAAAUCAAGAAAAUUUUAAGCUUCCUUCUAGCACGAAAAGUACUAAUGUUGAAGUCACACGUAUUUCUAAUACACAACUAGAAAAGAAUCAUCUUAAUUCAUCUGUCAUUCAACGACCACGAUCCUUGAGCAUUGGUAAUGUUAAUGUUCAGAAGUUAAAAAAAUCAGCCACCAAAUUACAACCAACAGAAAAUCAUCCUAAGCCUGAUAUGUCUACAGCAAGUAACAAUAUCAAAGCAUUAACUAAAAUAGCUGUGGUAAAACUUCCAAGAAAACGUCAUCAGUCUUCAUAA